AUGGGCAGAGGCAUCUUCGGCGUAGACGGUAGCGAGUGGGAACAUGCACGGGCUCUCCUCAGGCCUAAUUUCUCGCGCACUCAGAUUAACAACACUGAGUUAUAUGAGAACUAUGCUGCCGAGCUCAUCAGGCAAAUCCCGCAAGAUGGGUCAACCAUCGAUUUGUGCCCGCUGUUUCUCAAAGGAACUCUUGACACCACCACCGAGUUUCUGUUUGGAGAGUCUGCUCACUCGCUGCGCGAAGAACGAUCCUCUGCAGGUGCGGAAUUUGCGAAAGCCUUUGACAUAGCCGGAUACGUGGCUGCCAUACGCUUUCGAUUUGGGUUUUUGGGGAAGUUUUACCGCAGGAAUGAAUACAUCAAAUCCAUUCAAUUUAUUCGCGCCUAUACAGAGAGAUUUGUACAACAGACCAUCGACUACCGGGUUGCAGCCAACAGCGGUCGAGAAGUUGAUCAAGAUAUCAAGCGGUUGACCGAAAGUCGAUAUGUGUUUUCCUACGAGCUGUCGAAGCAGACACUUGACAAAACCAACAUAUCAGAUCAGCUAUUGAGCAUUAUGUUUGCUGGUCGCGACACCACUGCUAGCCUACUAAGCAUUGUAUUCUUCAUCUUGGCUAGAGAGCCGGAUGUGUGGACCAAACUGCGAAAAGAAGUGCUCGCAUUGGAUGGACGAAAGCCAUCAUUCGACGAUCUGAAAUCUAUGAGUUAUCUGACCUGGGUUCUCAACGAGACUCUGCGCAUGUACCCACUCGUCCCCUUCAAUAUACGCCAGGCCAAUAGAGACACUUAUAUUCCCGUCGGCGGGGGCCCAGAUGGAAAGUCCCCCGUUCAUAUACCCAAGGGCCACGAGAUUAUCUUCAGCGUAUACACAAUGCACCGCAAUGCAGAAAUCUAUGGAUCUGAUGCGGAUGAGUUCCGACCAGAGAGAUGGGAAAAUAUCAGGCCUGGUUGGGCGUACCUUCCUUUCAGUGGAGGUCCUCGGAUUUGUAUAGGCCAGCAGUUCGCGCUGACGGAGGCUGGAUACACUAUUACCAGGAUUAUGCAAAAUUUCGAGAAAAUUGAAACUCGAGAUCCUGAUCCCUGGACAGAGGAUUUGCGGUCGACGUUGUCAAAUGCUAAUGGGACAAAGGUUGCUCUGACGCCUGUUCAGAAUUGA